CACUGUUCUCUCCUCUCUGGCAAUGCCGGCGUUGAUUGGCUGGCGGUCAUAUUACCUCACAGCUGAUUUCGUUGGAUGAGGUGAUGUGUGCUGCUUUGACCGUUCAUAAUUUAUUUUCAUGUAGCCAUUUCUGGUUAGCAUCGGUGAAGAGUAGCAUAGCAGUCAUCGUCAACUGUAGCAAGCUACUAUGGCACAGGCAGCACCAGCAAAUGUCUUCGACGCAAACACCUCUCAGAUCCAGGUGGAACACGAUAAAAAGCGUCGGCAGUUUGUUAUAAGACUAAAUGGAUCUCAUGAUCGUGCAGUUCUUCUGUAUGAAUAUGUUGGGAAGAAGACAGUGGACUUGCAACACACUGAAGUUCCAGAUGCUUACAGAGGUAGAGGAAUUGCCAAGCACCUGGCCAAGGCAGCCAUGGAUUUUGUGGUGGAAGAGGAUCUGAAAGCCCACUUGACCUGCUGGUACAUUCAGAAAUAUGUCAAAGAGAAUCCUCAGCCUCAAUACUUUGAACAUAUUUAUCAAUGACCCUACAUGACUCUGACAGCGAAGAGAAGGAGAAAGAGACUCCCAGGGGAUAAAUGUUGUGUGGCAUCAUGCUUUGGAAGUACAGGCUGAAGUACAACAAACGCCCUUCCAGGCAUGUCCCUCCAGAGGCAACUGAUCUCACGGCAAAGACGUCCAUGAGCUGAACGUUGGGUCUACGGGUCCGUAACAAGGGGAUACACACUCACCAGUAACAGAAAGUGUAUCUGCUGGUCACUACCUGUAAAAACAUGAGCAAAUAAGCUAACCAAAGCUGAAGCCUGUUACCUCAUACAGAAACCUUCAAGAUCGACCCAUUACGGACUGGAAACAAGGGUUAGGCUGCAUUCACAUCAAAUCGGGUGUUCGCCGAAAACGCCAGUCCUCUCAUUCAUGUGAAUGUGGCUACUGCGAUUGGGCUGCAGAGGAUGUCGGG